AUGACUAUCGUAUCAACAACUACAGACCGUGUCAGCCUUCCUUCGGCGCGAAAGACCGUUGCUCAAACUGGCCCUAAAUCCCAAGGAAUUAACUAUACUCCUGCUCGUGGUUUACGAGUACAGCCUAAGAAGUACUCUGGCUCUUUGGACCAAUUCGAGAGUUUCCAGCCUACACCCAACAUUGGACUUGAAUUCAAGGACUUGCAGCUUGCUAACUUGAGUGACCGUCAGAUCGAGGACCUGAGCAUCUUGGUUUCUCAAUACGGAGUAGUCUUCUUACGUGCUCAAAGCAUUACUGCUGAGCAACAAUUGGAGUUUGGCCGUAAAAUUGCCUCGCCAAAGGGAACACUUCACGUCCAUCCCUUGACCUUCAAGACUACUGGUUCCGCUCUUGAUGAAAUCAGCGUGAUUUCAAAUGAAUUGCCUUCCAAAGAAUACUCUGAUGAUGCUCCAGCAGCCGAUGGAUGGCACGCCGACAUCACUUUCGAGAAGACUCCAUCCAACUAUGCAGCUCUGCAAAUCAAUGACGGUCCGGAAACUGGUGGAGAUACUCUGUUCAGUUCCGGCUAUGCUGCUUAUGAUCGAUUGUCUGCUCCAUUAAAAAAAUUCUUGGAAGGCUUGACUGCAAUCCACAAUGCCGACUUCUUCAACAAUAUUGCUGGGGAACGUGGUUCUGAAAUUCGUACUGAUCGCGGUGCCGACAAUACGGGUCUUAAUUUGACGGCCGUACAUCCAGUCAUUCGGACGAAUCCUGUUACUGGCUGGAAGUCUAUUUUUGUAAACAAGGUUUUCACCAAGAAGAUUGUCGAGCUACGAAAAGAUGAAUCUGAUGCUGUCUUGGCCUACUUGCACAAUCACAUUGCCGGGGGUCACGACUUCAACGUCCGAUUCAAGUGGGGCCCUGGUGAUAUUGCUAUCUGGGACAACCGAAGUGUCUUCCAUACUGCUACCAAGGACUUUGACCCUAGCAUUCUCCGUCGUGGUAACCGUGUGGUUCCAUUGGGAGAGAAGCCAUACUUUGAUCCAGCUUCUUCAUCGAGGACGGAAUCUAUCAGAGUUUCAAAGCUGUAA